GAGUUGGCCGGAGCCUAUAAAAACCCCUGACGAGCAGCGGAGCCUGCCACCGCCGGGCAAGCCGGAGCCAGAGCGCGCAGCCCCAGCACCUCCGCCACCCCCCGCGCAGCUGAGCCACCACCAUGUCACAUCACUGGGGCUACGGCAAGGACAACGGACCUUCCACCUGGCAUGAGGUUUUCCCCAUUGCCAAUGGAAACCGGCAGUCACCAAUUGACAUUCAGACCAAGUCUGCCAAGUACGAUUCCUCCCUGAAGCCGCUGAGCAUCACUUAUGACCCAUCUCCAGCCAAAAACAUUGUCAACAAUGGCCACUCUUUCAAUGUGGAGUUUGAUGACGCAGCUGAUAAAUGUGUGCUGAAAGGGGGCCCUCUUGAAGGAACUUACAGGCUGAUUCAGUUCCACAUUCACUGGGGAUCCUGUGAAGGUCAAGGAUCUGAGCACACGGUGGACGGAGUGAAAUAUGAUGCAGAGCUUCAUUUGGUUCACUGGAACACCAAGUAUGGUAAAUUUGCAGAAGCUGUGAAACAUCCGGAUGGUUUGGCUGUCUUGGGUGUGUUUUUAAAGGUAGGAAGUGCCUGUCCUGGAAUACAGAAAGUUAUUGAUUCCCUGGGCUCCAUUAAGCACAAGGGCAAACAGACCGCCUUCACAAACUUUGAUCCCACUGGUCUACUUCCUGCUUCCCAUGAUUUCUGGACUUACCCUGGAUCACUGACUACUCCUCCUCUGCUCGAAUGUGUCAUCUGGAUUGUUCUGAAGCAGCCUGUAACCGUCAGCAAGGAACAGAUUGACAAACUCCGUUCACUUUCCUUCGGUGAUGAGAAUGAGCCACUGUGCCCCAUGGUUGACAACUGGCGACCAUGUCAGCCACAGAAGAGCAGAGAAGUUAGAGCCUCGUUCCAGUAAGCUGUGCUCAUUAAACAUGUCCGUGUCCUUGUGGGAUGAGUUCUUUCUGCUGAGCACAAAUCCAACUACUGCCAUACAUAUACUGGCAACAUCUCUUUUUUCCCUAGUGCUCUUUUUUCUUCCUGUCAUCCUCUGUAGUUCUAACUAAUGAAAUGUGAAAGGCCAAGGGCCUAGAGAAAUGCAUAUUUGCUACAGGCUGGGUAUGUGUGUAGUGUGUGAUGUGUGUGUUCAGGGAAUAAGGGCAAGGAGAGUAGAAACGGGUUUGACACUCGGUGAGAAUUACUGCGUGAUUGCUACUGAUGCUAUCAUAGGAUUUCUUCCUGUGACCAUUAGUCAAGGGGCAUGAUAAAAUGGAAGUGAAAAAAAAGCCAUUUUCAAAAAAUAACCUCGUAGAGCAUAUGAGGUUUAUUCUACUCAAUAACUUGAAUCUUUCAUAAAAGCACAAGAAUGCAGUCUAAUACAGACAUCUUAUGUGAUUUGGGACAUUACCUUCUAUCAACCUUGUAUCAACAUAGUAGGCAUUAAAUGUGAAAGUAAUAUUGAACAUUAAAUAUCCUAGCUUUUAAAAGUUUUGAAGUGUAAAUAUUUUGGGGUUUUUUGUUCGUUUGUAGCCAUACAUUUGAAUCAUGUCUUAAUGUUAGUCUAUUUUUUAAAAAAUUACAUGUCAGCUGAUCUAAAUUAAGUACUAUUAAGUGUAAAAGCUGUGGAUGCCAUAGAUAUAAUACAGAGAAUCUUUUCAUUUCAAAUAAUGUCAUAAUUUAAAGAAAUAUAUUGUAUUUUAGAUACAUUCUCUAAUUAAAUAAAUAAAGAUAUAUAUUUA